GCACUGUUGGGUCAGUCCUCAGACAGUGUGCUGUGCUCAGACAUGGGGAAAGACUGUAGAGUCAGUAAGCUGUGUGUCACCUGCGUGGUGCUGGCGGUUAUCUCCGUGGCAACUAUCGUUACGCUGUGGACGAUUGCCUUGACAUCCGGUGGUGGCGAGGACGUCACCAGCCCAUGGGACCAGUACCGCCUCCCCAAGACCCUGGUACCAGAGCACUACAACGUCUCCCUGUGGCCUCGGCUCACCAAGGACUCAGCGGGGCUGUACAUAUUCACAGGGAAGUCACUGGUGGUGUUCACCUGUGUGGAGGAGACUGACCUGAUCCUCAUCCACUCCAACAAGCUGAACUACACGCUGGUGGACGGCCAGCCGGCCACACUCAGCGCUGUGGGAGGAUCAGCGGCCCCCACCAUCAAGAGUUCCCGUCUGCAGACCACCACCCAGUACCUGGUGCUGCAGCUCAGUGGCAAGCUGACCAAGGGAACGUCCUACCAGCUGGACACAGAGUUCCAAGGGGAGCUUGCCGACGACUUGGCAGGCUUCUACAGGAGCGAGUACAAUGAGGACGGAGAGAGGAAGAUUGUCGCCACGUCACAGAUGCAUCCGACACACGCCAGGAAAACCUUCCCCUGCUUUGACGAGCCGGCCAUGAAGGCAGUGUUCCACAUCACUCUCAUCCACCCACCAGGCACCGUCGCUCUGUCCAAUGGAAAAGAACACCAGGUCAUCAACGUGACUGUGAUGGGCUGUGACAUCGCCACCCAGACCAGCUUUGAGCCCACCGAGAGGAUGUCCACCUACCUGCUGGCUCUCAUAAUCAGUGACUUCUCCUUCCUCAGCUCUCAGGAGGGGGACGUCCAGAUCCGUAUCUGGGCUCGGAGGAGCACCAUUGCUGGAGGUCAGGGGUCAUAUGCCCUCAACCUGACUGGACCAGUCCUCAGUUUCUUUGAGGAGUAUUACAACAUCACCUACCCUCUCUCAAAGUCAGGUGCUCCAGAUGGGUUUCCCAGUGGUUACCAUAGAUACACAUCAGGACAGAUCUCCCAGAAGCACUUCCUCCUGGACCCUGACUCUGUGGUGACGAGACCAUCCCAGUUCAAAUACGAGUGGAUGAUACCAGUCACAUGGAUGAAGUCAGGGAUGCUGCAGGAGCCCAUGUGGCUGAUGAUGAAGGAUGAUGUAAACCCUGCAAUGGAGGCUGGAGGUGAGUGGAUCCUGGCCAACCUCAACGUGACAGGCUACUACCGGGUGAAUUACGACUAUGGCAACUGGGAGCGGAUCCUCUUGCAACUCAGUACUGAGCAUCAGAUAGUACCCCUGAUCAACAGGGCCCAGCUAGUCGAUGAUGCCUUCAAUCUGGCAAGGGCUAAACUGGUCCCUACAACGUUGGCGCUGAGGACCACCAUGUACCUGUCUCUGGAGAGGGAGUACCUGCCCUGGCAGUCUGCCGUAGACAACCUGGACUACCUCCGCCUGAUGUUCGACCGCACCGAGGUCUACGGCCCCAUGAAGAAUUACAUCGGGAGACUAGUGACACCUCUCUUCCUACACUUCAAGAACAUGACUUCAGAGUGGACUGAGAUUCCCGAAGGACACACUGAUCAGUACAACCAGGUGAAUGCCAUCCGGACCGCCUGCAGCACUGGGGAGCAGGAGUGUGUGACUCUCACUUCAGGCUGGUACCAGCAGUGGAUGAACAACCCUGAAAACAACCCGAUACACCCUAACCUGCGCUCCGCAGUGUACUGCAGCGCCAUGGCGAGCGGCGGGAUUGCGGAGUGGGAGUUUGGCUGGACGAUGUUCAGAAACGCCACCGUCGUCAGCGAGGCAGACACACUGAUGUCAGCCCUGGCCUGCACCACUGACCAUGAGCUACUGAAGAGGUACCUUCGCUUCAGCCUGGAUCCAGAGCAGAUCCGUAAGCAGGACGCCUCCGCCGUCAUCGUGUCUGUCUCCAGUAACGUGGAGGGUCAGGGUCUGGCCUGGGACUUCCUCAGGGAAAACUGGACCUACAUGUUCACCCAAUAUGGCGUGGGGUCCUUCUCCUUUGCCAGCCUCAUCACUGGUGUCACCAGGAGGUUUUCAACCACGUCAGAACUGGAGCAGCUCCAGAGCUUCCAGCAGGCCCACUCUGCUGUGGGGUUCGGCUCCGCUAGCCAGGCGCUGGAGCAGGCUCUGGAGACCACCCGGGCAAACAUUAGAUGGGUGGAGGACAACGCUGGAGACGUGCUCGACUGGUUCCUCUCUGAGACCGCCUAGCAUGAGGCUAAACCGGCCUAGCAACAGCCCAGUCUAGCAACACAUCACGUUAAUGAAAGAACAGGCCUUAAACUGAUAGAUCUAUUGUUUUUAUUUCGAUUGUUUACAGUCACAAAACAUACCAAAUCAAACACAUACUCAAAAUUAACCCCAUCAUAACAGACAACAUUUUUCAAAAUGUAAAUACAAAAACAAACAACAAAUUAUGGCUUUUUUUUUUCUUACAGUUUACAGUGACGCAGACACAAACUAACUGAACAUAAGAGUAAACCACUCAGAAAGUCUAUACACACAGAAGCAAGGACUUAGUAAGGUGAAGCCUUUUUAACCGACACCAGAGACAGCAAGACACACC